CCACAAAAUCUGAGCGUCAUUAACGAACUUCUCACAGUUUCAGGAGAGGAGACCAAAAGUGUGUAAAUUCGUCUCCGAUUAACUAUGCAAUGAAAACCGGGCGGUUCGCUGAAAGUCUCUUUCACCGUGGGUGUUUUUAAUAAAGUCUUCUGAUAACUCGAGAUAACUUUUGAACAUCAGCUGCUGCGGUUUCCAAGCGCUUCUUUUCGUUUAAACUGAGAUGCCAAUGGCUUGAAUUAUAUGUCCCAGGCGGUCUGUCCCUGAACCUCACAGUUUGCAAGUCACUGACUCAAUUUCAAGUAGGUGUGGAGCAUGUGGGCCAGCUGCUGCGGCUGGCUCUGUCUGGAUGAUUCCACAGUGGAGGACACCAGAAGUAGCUCACGUCAUCAGGCAUUCACAAACUCAGGCUUCAACAGUUACCCAUCUCCCCCUGCUCCAGAACACAUGUGCAAGGCAUGCGGUGGUGGCUUUGACAGCAUGGCUAGGAAGCACGUGUGCAUGGACUGCAAAAAAAAUUACUGCAGCCGGUGCUCCGCUCAGCUGGAUCUCCAGCCAUGGCUGUGCCACACUUGCCAGCGUUUCCACAGCAUCUUGUUUGAGCGAGCAGAGCUAAUGAAGCUCAAGGUAAAGGACCUGAGGGACUACCUCCACCUGCACGGUGUCCCCACGCAGAUGUGCCGCGAGAAGGAGGAGCUGAUUGAGCUGGUUCUUGGCCAGCAGACACCUACAUCUGAAACACACAUUCAGCCCCAAAUGAACACGCACAUAGACCAGGAAGACCCUAGCAAUCCUGUCAUAACGGCGAGCCUCUCAGAGAACAAUGCAACAUCAGAAUUGGAACCCCAGACUCAAGCAACGGAGGAUGAUGAACAGAGCUUGUCAGUGGCAGAAGCGACAGCUGAAAGCGAGAUGGACACAGAGCUACAGGUGGAUCAGGACUUGCAGUCGUCAGACUCUGAGGAGGUGUUUGCCCCGGGGCGGCGGGCGUCUCUCUCAGACCUCAGAUCAGUGGAUGACAUUGAAGCUCUGAGCGUCCGGCAGCUGAAGGAGAUCCUGGCAAGGAACUUUGUCGACUACAAGGGCUGCUGUGAGAAAUGGGAGCUGAUGGAGAGAGUAACUCGCCUCUAUCAUGACCAGAAGGACCUGCAGAACAUGGUGUCUAGCGCCACAGAAGGCACAGACACCGGCUCUGGGCCGGCCGUGGAGGAGAAUCUCUGUAAGAUCUGUAUGGACUCACCCAUUGACUGUGUUCUUUUGGAGUGUGGACACAUGGUCACGUGCACCAAGUGUGGCAAGCGCAUGAGUGAAUGUCCCAUUUGCCGACAAUACGUGGUGCGGGCGGUGCACGUGUUCAGAUCCUGAACUGCAUUUUCCAUCUACAAAGCUUGUUCUUGUUCUUUGCACAGAGAUGAGCAACGUCCCUCAUAUUUGUACAGUCCUUCCCCCAAACAAUGGAAUUAAUAUCCAAUAGAACUGGAAAUGUCAGGUGGCCUGUAAUUCUUGCACAAUUAUCUUGUGGCACUUUAAAUUAUAACAAAGAUGCGCAAAUCUUUAAGCAGUAACAAUACUGGUUUCUGUUUUGUUUUUGUCUCAGUUUAAUUAACUUUGCAAAGUGUGCCUUCUAAAACUGGAAGUGGAGACUUGUGAUCACAGGAUGUCACACUUCUGUAGAUAAAUCUAAUGAUGUAAGUCAGUGUAUCAAAAACACCUAUUUCUUCCAGUGCCCCUAUUAGUAAACAUGUGUCAACACUCAACACAUACCAGUAGAGGACUGUAUUAAUGCACACACUGUGUGCAGGAUCUUCUGAAGGUGUAUAACUAUGCCUUGCAUGUCACUGCCCUGGUUCUUUUCUCUCAAGCCUGUUUCUUUGUAUUCUUUUUUUAUAUAUAAACUUGUUUUAUAUAUGGGUUAAAAUAUAAUCUACCAUCACCAGGCUGACACUGAAAAAAAUUUACUAACAGGAAUCAGACUGGUCACACAAGUUUGGUCAGAUCUUAAAUAUGUUGAUUUAUCUCAUAUGAGAAUCUGCAAAUAGACUAAACUGCUGCAAACCAGCAUGUGCGUAACCUCAAAACAGACAAGGGUGUAACCUAGAAAACAAGUCAAGUUUGAGCAAACUGAUUCUCAUUCAUUCAUAUUACAGCUUUGUCUAACUUUAUCACACUUGUGUUUGUACCACCAUCCAGCUUAUGUGUGAAGACCACAGUUAGUACCACCAUCAUGCCGUUAUUACUAUGUCCAAAGGCUCAUUUAUCUCAUAGUGGUAUCUAACUAAAAUAAUUUCUCUCUGUCUAGCAUAUAUAUAUAUAUAUAUAUAUAUAUAUAUGGGAUGAGCUUCCUUCACUCUAUUUAGAAGUUUGGAGGAUUAUAGAAUGAAUCUUUAAACCUGUUACUGGAAUAUUUCACUCAAAAAAACUCGUUUACUCACCCUUAUGCUGUCAAACUCGUGACUUACUUUCUUCUGCAGAACAUAAAGAAAGAUAUUUGAGGAUCUAUGAUGUUUUUUUCGAUACAAUCCAAAACUUUUUCAUGCACCAAAAAGUACGUAAAGGCAGCAUAAAUGUGCAUUUACACGCAUUACACACACUCUGUGAGUGGUUGAGGAAGUGUGAACAAGUUUCUCACAUGAAUGCGCUAAAGAGACAGCAGAUGUCAAGAUUUUUUGUGAAAUAAAUCUCACCCAAAACGGAGUGGAUCACUUCAGAAGCCAUGGAUUAAACCAAUCGAGUGGUAUGGAUUACAUUUAUGCUGCCAUUAAGCCCUUUUUGGAGCUUAAGCCCAUUGACUUGCAUUGCAUUUACAAAAAUGCAUUAUAAAUCCUUUAAAGUAUCUUCGUUUGUGUCCUUUCUUGCAGAAGAAAGUGAAAUCAUAUGUGUUAGCGAUGACAUUAGAGUAAUUGAUGAGAGAAUCAUUAUUUUUGGGUUAGCUAUCCUUUAAGUACAUGUCUGGGUCGUAUUUGACAGCAGAAUGGGGAGAAGAAAAUAGGAAAUUAUAUUUUGCAUAAAAAAAAAAUUGUCAUUUUUAAUACUAUAAAGAUUUGGUUUUUAUGAAGACAUUAUUUCAAAAGAAAAAGGUGCGGCUGCAUUACGGGAAUGAUAGUUGAUAGAAAACAUGCUUAGUUGGCAAGAAAAUUACGUCAAAUUAAUUUGAAGUGUCCUACCAACAGGUUUUUUAUUUAGAUUUUGAAACAAGACCCAGACAUGUUCGUAACAUGUUUUUUUUUUUUAAUUCACGAUACCUGAAUAUCGCUAUAGACCACAGAGUCUAGUGGACGUUUCAUUCUGAAUAAAAAAACACCCUCUGGUUGGAUGCCUUCUCUCGAAUCUUAAAAAUGUAUCAAUUAUGCCAUCCGUCAGCUGGCAUUAUUGUGCGUGUGUACAUGAAAAAGCCUCUGUGGUAAGACAGUUAUUAGGUCAAAGUGCUGUCAGCAUGUAUGGGCCUUGAACCACACUGUGAGUUACAAUGCAGUGCUUGAUUUGCCAUUUAGGACAACCAAUGAGCAGUUUCAAGAUGCUGUUACAGUGUAGCCUAGGGUAGAUCUUCUGCAGGAAUUCAGUUAGCACCACUUUAGUCUUCUGCUCCCAUUAAUGGAGGAAAUAUCAGGUGAACAUGCCUGAACCCUCAUGCUGUGUUUCUGUGGUGCCUCACAGUUUACAGGACAAGUAAAGGCCUGCUUAUUACCACAGCACCUCCCUCCCCCCAAGCCUUUACAAUUCAGUUAGAUUUACUCACUCCAAGCUAUUCUUAGGAAAUUGUUUUGAAGAGGGGGGUAAAAAAAUAAAAUAUUAGAACAAGUACAAUAUAUGAGGAACUUUCAUCAGAACAUUAGUAAGUCUUUUCGGAAAUACAAAAUAGUUUGAACUUUUUAAGUUAGAAUAUAAGGAGAAAAUAGUAGUCACAGUAAUAAGCAUGUUUUAUGAAUCCAGAACCUUAAAGGAAAUGUCCCCCCCAAAAUGUAAAUUUUGUCGUCAUUUACUCGUUGCAUGUCAUUUCCACUCUGUAGUAUUUUCUCUUCUGUGAAACACAAUCUAACUAUGACAUGUUAAACAUUGAAGCAUUUUUUUGUUUUCAUACAAAGAAGUGGAUGCUGAUUUAUACUGCCAAGCUCCUUAAAAGAACAUAUAUGCACCAUAAAAGUAGUACAUAUACUGUAUGACUUGAGUGCUACAUUCUAAGUGUUAUGAGGCCUUAAAAAUAUAAUCGUGUGAGUAACAGGCAGACAUUUUUAUCGUUAUUCAUUAAAAAUCCCAGUGGCAGUACAAAUCACCAUCCGCUUGUAUCGAAAAGAGCAGUUUGAAUAUUCUACCUGAUAUGAAAAUAAUACAGUGUUUGAUGACACGAGGGUGAAUGAAUGACAAUAUAUUAUCAAUAAAUGAUCAAUAUAUUGUCAUUUUGGGUAAAAUAAUCCUUUAAAUAAAACCAGAACAAUGGGUUGAGAAAAUGGGUCGUUCAGACCGAACACAUUCUUUCACUAAAAGAUGAUCCAUUAACGAUCUAGAUGCAACGGCGUGAAUAGAACUGAAUGCACUUUUAAAAGCUGACAUUCUUUUUAAGUUGACAGGGCAUCUGAAAACCACAGCACUGCGCAACAGUCAAAUACGUCACUCUUCUGCAUGUUUCCAUUGAUAAAACAGCUCAGACGGAUGCAAAAACGCAUUCGGUGUGAACGGCCCCUUAGUUCUCUGUGGUCAAUUUCUUGCUUUUUUUACCGUAUAAGAUUUUGGCUUGCCAGAUGUUGAAUGUUUAUUUUCUCAGGACUGUCUGAAGACUUCCUUUCACAGGAAUCAAUUUCCCAAUGCAAACCAGAAAACAAACCAAGAAAACAGGGCACUAUAACUGCAAGGCAAGAUAAUGAAAACAAUCCGCUUAUAUUGAACAAUUCGGAUGACUUAAAACUUGAUUUAAUGUGACUGAAACUAGAACAUUUUCUGUGGAAGUCAUUUGAACGAUCAGCAAACAACAAUGUCAUCAUUUGUUGGAAUUCGAUGGAUAAAUAUGAAGAGGGAAUACUUUCAUUUUCAGUAAAUGUUUGAAUGGUAAUGGUGUGAACCAAAUGCCUUAAUUUCUUAAUCAGAUCUGAUAUAUUUGAAAAAUUUAAAAAAAUAAAAAAACAUUUACUACACCAAACUAGUUUGGUUGCUUUGUUAAAAAUGUUUGUAUUAAAAUAUAUUUACAUCA